AUGACCGUUAAUCCAAAAGCUCUCCUUGGGAAUCUAAAUGAAACUUCACUGGAAAACAUGAAGUGGGAUGUCAACAAUACUGGACAGCCUGAUUUCACUCUGGUGGGGCUCUUCAGUCAAUUCAAACACCCAGCUCUCCUUUGUUUGAUCAUUUUUGUGAUUUUCCUGAUGGCUUUAUCUGGAAACACCAUCCUGAUCCUAUUGAUAUACACUGAUGUCCGUCUCCACACCCCCAUGUACUUUUUCAUCAGCCAGCUAUCUCUUAUGGACAUGACAUACAUUUGUGUCACUGUGCCCAAGAUGCUCAUGGACCAGAUCAUGGGUGUGAAUAAGAUAUCAGUCCCUGAAUGUGGGAUACAGAUGUUCCUCUAUGUGACACUAGCAGGUUCAGAAUUCUUCCUUCUAGCAGCCAUGGCUUAUGACCGCUAUGUAGCCAUCUGUCAUCCCCUUCGCUACCCUGUACUCAUGAACCACAGGGUGUGUCUCCUCCUGGCAUCUGGCUGCUGGCUCCUGGGCUCAGUGGAUGGCUUUCUGUUUGCACCCAUCACCAUGACCUUCCCUUUCUGUCGAUCCCAUGAAAUUCAUCAUUUCUUCUGUGAAGUUCCUGCUGUACUGAAACUCUCCUGCUCAGACACCUCCCUCUAUGAAAUUUUCAUGUAUCUGUGCUGUGUUCUCAUGCUCCUCAUCCCUGUGAUAGUCAUUUCAAGCUCCUAUUACUUUAUCCUACUCACCAUCCACAGGAUGAACUCAGCAGAGGGCCGGAAGAAGGCCUUUGCCACUUGUUCCUCACAUAUGACUGUGGUCAUUCUUUUUUAUGGGGCUGCCAUUUACACUUACAUGCUUCCCAGCUCCUACCAUACCCCUGAGAAAGACAUGAUGGUGUCUGUUUUUUAUACCAUACUCACUCCUGUGCUAAACCCUUUAAUUUAUAGUCUCCGGAAUAAGGAUGUUACAGGGGCUCUGAAAAAAAUGUUGAAGGUGGGACCUGUAUUUCAAGAAGCUAUGAAAUAG